CAGCGGCUGCGCCCCAUUCCAGGCGCCGCGCUCGCCCGCGGAGGAGGCGGCCCGGCCCCGGCAGCGGCGGCGCAGGGCCGGUCGAAGGGAGGACGAGCCUGCCAAGCUGGCGUCCGGAGGGGCUAUGGUGUCCCUCGCCCGCGGCUGCGGCGCGCUGGCCAGGGCUACAGGACCCGGCCUUCUGGCCCUGCUGCUCGCAGUCUGCGCCCCGCUCUGGCUGCAGGCGGAGGAGCUGGGUAAUGGCUGUGGGCACAUAGUGACCUAUCAGGAUAGUGGCACAAUGACAUCUAAGAAUUAUCCAGGGACUUACCCCAAUCACACUGUUUGUGAAAAGACUAUCACAGUCCCAAAGGGAAAGAGACUGAUUCUAAGGUUGGGAGAUUUGGAUAUCGAAUCCCAGACCUGCGCUUCUGAUUAUCUUCUCUUCACCAGUUCUUCAGAUCAGUAUGGUCCAUAUUGUGGAAGAAUGACUGUUCCCAGAGAAUUCUUGCUGAAUACAAGCGAAGUAACUGUCCGCUUUGAGAGUGGAUCCCACAUUUCUGGUCGGGGUUUUUUGCUGACCUAUGCCAGCAGCGACCAUCCAGAUUUAAUCACAUGUUUGGAACGAGGUAACCACUAUUUGAAGACAGAAUACAGCAAAUUCUGCCCAGCUGGUUGUAGAGACAUAGCAGGAGACAUUUCCGGGAACAUAAUAGAUGGCUAUAGAGAUACCUCUUUAUUGUGUAAAGCUGCUAUCCAUGCAGGAAUAAUUACAGAUGAACUGGGCGGCCGGAUCAGCGUGCUUCUGCGCAAAGGGAUAAGCCGCUAUGAAGGAAUCCUGGCCAAUGGUGUGCUCUCAAGGAUUGGUUCCCUGUCAGAAAAGCGAUUUCUGUUUACCUCCACUGAGAAUGACUCACUGGUGUGGCACAAAACAAGUCCAAACACGGGCGUUUCAACAGAGAGCAACGACAAGACAAUCACAAAGCUCAUCCCCUCAGAAGACAUGCCCACAGGAAUAAACAUUAUAACUGUGGUUAUUCCAUUGGUGCUCCUUGUCGCCCUUUUGCUGGCUGGAAUGGGAAUCUUUGCUGCCUUCAGAAAGAGGAAGAAAAAAGGAAAUCCAUAUAUAUCAUCUGAGGCCCAGAAAAUAGGCUGUUGGAAGCAGAUUAAAUAUCCCUUUGCUAGACAUCAAUCAGCCGAAUUUACCAUCAGCUAUGACAAUGAGAAGGAGAUGACACAAAAAUUAGAUCUCAUCACAAGUGAUAUGGCAGAUUACCAGCAGCCCCUCAUGAUUGGCACCGGGGCAGUCGCCAGGAAGGGCUCCACCUUCCGGCCCAUGGACACUGACGCCGACGAGGCCGGGCCGGGCGCCGAGGCCAGCAGUCACUAUGACUGCCCCCAGCGCGCCGGCCGCCACGAGUACGCGCUGCCCUUGACCCUCUCGGAGCCCGAGUACGCCACGCCCAUCGUGGAGCGGCACCUGCCGCGGGCCCACACCUUCUCGGCGCAGAGCGGCUACCACGUCCCCGGGCCCAAGCCUGCGCACAAACAUUCCCUUUCUUCGGGAAGCUUCUCCCCAGAGGCAGGGGCCACCAAGAGCGAAGACUAUCAGUUGCCACAAAGCCCCAAAUCCGCGGACAGGGGCUAUGACAAGCCCAAAGCCAGCAGCUGCGUCGCUGCCGAGAACGGAGACUCCACCUCUCAGAAGCCACAGAUGAAUCCCGGGAUGAAUGAUGGUUAUUCAGCCCCCAGAGACUGCCUCACACCCCUCAACCAGACAGCCAUGACUGCUCUUCUGUGAACACAAUGUGAAAGAAACCUGCUGUGGUACUGAGCGUGCGGCUGUUGCCAGUCACUGGAAGGUGGGAGACUGCUGUUCAGCUUGUUCGUGUGCGCGCGCACGUGACUCAAUAGGAUCCUAGAGAGCUUCUCAUACUGUUUACAAAACUGUGCAGCUGGUUUUGUUCUGAUCCUUAGGCGAGAGCCUGUUGGUUUUUGUUGGGCUAGAAAAAUGAAAAAUUUCUGAUGGCAUUUUCAUUUCUCUUAACUGUGAUAUUGAGCUGCUUUCUUGUAAAAUGUGCAAUCUGUACAGAGUUGUAUUUAACAAGAAUUAAAGUAACUUAAAGUUUGCUUUGUCAGAUUUUAGUUCUGCACAGAGGUUAAGUGAAAAAUGCAGCUGUUGCAAAAACAUAGUAGUACGUGUUCAUUUUUUUCAAAGUUUGAUUAUCUGAUACUGUGUUAACAGCAGGUCUGUUUAAACUUGAUCUUGUUAUUGUGGCUCAUUUCCUUUUCUUUGAUAACUAGAAUUAAAAGCAUUUUUAACAUUCUUCUCCUGGAAGAAAUGGAAUUACUUGAAGUAUGAAAACCACACCAGGUGGUUGCUUGUUAGAAAUCAUAAUUGUAGAUUAAAUAACACACACCACCUCAACAGCUGCUUGUUUCCCUAUGCUCCAUUUCAGAUGCCUGUGAAGCGGCCUGUCAGGGAAGCCCAUUACCCUGUGACCUGCCGGUACUCCACUGUUGCAGGCCUGAGGCAAUGGGCUCUCUGAGGAACUGGCUUCCUCCUCAGCAUAUGCCUUCAUAAAUACUAUGCAGCCUUCAUAUGCAAGUCUGCCUUUUUGAACUGCAAAGCCAAAUGCUGAGACUUAAAAGCAACCUAAACUGCUCUCUCUACAAAUUGUAAUGAAGGUGGCACAGCAAUUACAGCCUGAAUUACUGUGUCUGUUGUUUCUGUACUUCAGAUUUAAAAUAUUGCUGAAGUCAGAAACCCACACUUUUCAUGACCUUCAUAAAUGGUGCAUAUUGGUGACUUCCAUUAUUCCCUAAACAACAGAAUAAAGUUAUUUGACAGUCCAAUGAAAGUGCCUGAGGUCUAAAAAGAGCUUUCCUACUAAGAUGAUUAGAAGUGAACUGGAUUUUGUAAGAGAUAAUUUACCCCAACAUACCUACAAUUUUAGAGUAACCCAGACCUCAGCUGUACCUCAUGUUCAGUGAUUUUUAUCUGAGUUUGUAGAGUUAACUGUGGGGAUUUAAUUCUUUUGCCAAAGAGGAUUGUUUUGUUUAAUGGAAAAUAUGGACCAAAAAUUUUUUCCCUAAAACAUUUGUAACCCUAUUUGUAUGGUUAUCACUUUCUGUGAAAUGUAUAUAUAUUAAAGUAACAGGGGUGCUGGAAGGUCAUGGCAGACUAUCUGUUGGUUACUGUGGAGGAUAAACCAUUUACUUUUGGGAGUUUACAUGGUUUCAUGUGCAUACUAACUAAUAAACUAUACCAAAUCAGAUUGCCCCUGACUUUCAUUGGUGCCCUGUUUGCUGGGCUAUUGAGAGGCUCAUUCUGUAACCAAUUUCCCAAAAUGAAAAUCAACAAUUUUUUCCCUUUCCAGGUUAUAAUUUUAAAAUCAAAGAGCACACUUCUCUUCUGACACUCAUUCACAGGAAACCUGCAUAGACUGAUGUUAGUUUUACUAUAGAUAAUACCUCUGAUGCAUGAUCACUUUAGUUUAAAUUGCUUUUUUCUUUUUUUUAAGGAAUUUGGAGAAAGCUUUGUCUGGCUCACAUUUGUUGAAGCCAGGAGCCCUCAACCUGAACCUGCAAAAGUGUCCAAUGAGUGACCUUUUGAUGCCUGAGGACCAAAAACUCCAUCUUCAGAUCAUGCUAAUAUAAUUUUAUGAACAGGCAUCCUAUAAAGUGCCAUGAAGAUUGUUUUUGCACGUACAGAACACUGAUUUCCUGACAUAUCCUUGCCUCUAAUCACCUUUCCCCACACCUCAUUGUUUUUUCAUCCCAUAAAUAACCCUAAACUCAGGGAGGCAGAUUUGAAUUCAAGAGCUCCCCCUCCUUACUCUUGACCACCUCAUGAAUUAAAUUCUUUCUCAUUUGAAUUGGCUGACUGGGUUACCUGCAAACGUGAGACUGGUUCAGCUACAAUUCUCAAUUGAAGGGCAGAUGGUACAAUGAAGAGAGCAUGGCUUUGGAGACAGAUAGGUGUUGAUUCUAGAACGUGAUUGACCACAAACUAGUUGAGAAUUUUGGCUAGUUAUGUAACACUGAACCUCGGUUUCCUUA